UGUAGUUCUGGUAGCAAAAGUGAUACUAGACUAUGGCCACCACUUGAACCAGAAAAACCUGUUGUUCCUGCAAAGCCACUAAAACCACUAUGUUCUUCAACUAAACAUUUUGGUUCUUCAAUCUAUGCAACACCAAACUGUACGAAGUCUCAACAUACAGAAGAUGAUCUAAGUAAACAAAACACAGAUUCAAGAACCGCAAAACAGAUUGUAUUGGAGCUUUCUACGUUAAUUGAGAACAGCGUAUUAAAUUUAAAAAGUAGCUCAACGAUAGUUAUGACCAGCUGGCUCCAACUUUCAGACAAGGUAGGGCUGUUACACGGAAUGUGUGCUAAUCUCGCAGAUAGUGGUAUUGCACCGCAUGCGCGGUUUCAGUUUCGCGAACUUCUUGCAAGGUUAGAGCUCCAGGCACGACAGCUUCGUGCAGCUGGCACUCGAAAUGUUGCAGAGAAUACAAGACUUCUCACUGACCUUCAAAACACGAUAAAAGAUGUCGUCAAUACCGUGCAAAGAUAAACUAGAGAAAUUAACAUCGUUUUCUCUGUCUCCACCCUUGUUCUCGUUCUCAUUUUCAUCUGACACUAUUUCUAAUAAUCGUGUCUGCCACUCAGUCAGGAAUGUUUUGGACUUUUUCGAAAAUCUUUCCCAAACUCUCGUACUGGAUUUUUGUUUCUUCGAAUAUUUGUAUUGAAUAGCAAGCAACUUCAUGAUCCUUAACCAAUUUCAGUCAGGAGUCAUUUAAAAUACUUCUUUUGUGAUGAAGUUUUUAUGAAAUUUUGUUGCCAUGAUUUUCCUGGAGAUAACAUAUUUACACUUUUGCUCCUGAAGAGAGUACACGAAACCAAGGAUAUUUAAGAGCAAGGCUCUAAGCCAAAC